GUGCUUUUCAGAGCUAGAAUCAUCACCAAUCCAGAGGCAUAACCAAGAGCUCCCGCCUGUUGGGAAGGAGAGCUCAAUAUUUUGUUCCCGGACGAAUUGCAAGGCUCCCGACGCCUAGUCGGAGAACAGUCCUCUGGGAUUUCUACUCUUAUUUCGGACAGAGCAGCACCAUGACAGUUCAUCGCAGUCUCUGCUGUAUUCUCCUGCUACUGCUUUUUCUCGCCUGCUACACUUUGGAGGUCUGGGGAGAGGAGAAUGAGCUCCUGUCCUCCCGGGACACCUUGCCAACAUUGGAAGCCGGGGAGGUGACAACCCCCACGGUCAGAGCCGCCUGGCCCAAGGCAGCCAACGCUAGCCAGCCUCUUCCAUCCUUACCGCAGGGGCCUUCCCGAAGCCUCACGCCCACCUUGUGCUCUGGCCGGACAGAGAUCAAGGAGACUUUCAAAUACAUCAAUACCGUGGUGUCCUGUCUGGUGUUCGUGCUUGGUAUCAUUGGAAACUCUACCUUGUUGAGAAUCAUCUACAAGAAUAAGUGCAUGAGGAAUGGUCCCAACAUCCUCAUCGCUAGCCUAGCUUUGGGGGACCUUCUUCAUAUCAUCACUGACAUUCCCAUUAAUGUCUAUAAGCUGCUCGCAGAGGAUUGGCCCUUUGGAGUUGAAAUGUGCAAGCUGGUCCCUUUCAUUCAGAAGGCCUCUGUGGGCAUCACAGUACUCAGUUUAUGUGCUUUAAGUAUUGACAGGUAUCGAGCUGUUGCUUCCUGGAGCCGAAUUAAAGGCAUUGGAGUGCCCAAAUGGACUGCGGUGGAAAUUGUUUUAAUUUGGGUUGUUUCAGUUGUUCUGGCUGUCCCUGAAGCUAUUGCUUUUGAUAUGAUUACUAUGGAAUAUAAAGGAAAGUACCUUCGGAUCUGCUUGCUUCUUCCUCAUCAGAAAACUUCCUUUACACAGUUUUACAAGUCAGUUAAGGAUUGGUGGCUGUUUAGCUUUUAUUUCUGCUUGCCUUUGGCCAUCACUGCAUUUUUCUAUACUUUGAUGACCUGUGAAAUGUUGAGGAAGAAAAGUGGUAUGCAAAUCGCUUUAAAUGACCACUUGAAGCAGAGACGUGAAGUGGCCAAAACCGUUUUUUGUCUGGUGCUGGUGUUUGCUCUAUGCUGGCUUCCUCUUCACCUCAGCAGGAUUCUGAAGCUCACUAUCUAUGAUAUACAUGAUCCCAACAGAUGUGAACUUCUAAGCUUUCUGUUGGUCCUGGAUUACAUUGGCAUCAACAUGGCUUCACUGAAUUCCUGUAUUAAUCCAAUAGCUCUGUAUUUGGUGAGCAAAAGAUUCAAAAACUGCUUUAAGUCAUGCUUGUGUUGCUGGUGCCAAUCUUUUGAGGAAAAACAGUCCCUGGAGGAAAAGCAGUCUUGCUUAAAGUUCAAAGCAAAUGAUCAUGGAUAUGACAACUUCCGCUCCAGUAAUAAAUACAGUUCAUCAUGAAAGAAGAAUGGUGGAGUCAUUGAACUGCAGUUCCUUCAAUUUGGACAGAAUUGUAAUGAUUAAGGCAAUGGGGCAUUUGGAGUAACAGUUUUGUGUUUGCACAAAAAAAUAGUGAGAAAGUGAUUUUCUUAACACUAAUAAUUCUUCAUGGUAUUCUUAGUUGUUUACAGUACAUGAAGGAAAGUAGAGAGAAAAGAAAGAGAACCUCAUUGUCACAGCACUUAAUAUCUUUGAAGUUAGCACUUCAGUAUAGUUGUAAAUAACUUCCUGUAGAUUAAUUUGCCUUUUUUUAUUCAGCAUGAAUUCACGCAGAGUUUUCAGUGAAGAGGUUAUUUUCUAGUUGAUGUGAAUCCAACACAGGAUACAAAAGAACAGACUUAACCAAAUAGGGCAGAUGUAUGAAGUAAUUCAAUAAGGACUUUUAAAAAAUCCUAAAAAGAAAAAAAGUCGGGGUUUUUUUUUUGUUUGUUUUUGCUUUUGUUUUUUAAUACAAAUGUUACACUACUGGCUAGACAGAUCAUUACUAGAUACAGAAGGUGAAAAUGUGUGAAAAUAAGUUUAGCUGGUUUCUUUUGUUCAAGAUUAAAAAUAUACUUCAAUAAUCCCAAGGUAGACUCAGAAAAUGCCAUCUAAAUGAUAGGCCCAAAAUGCAUUCAAAUUCCUUAAAGAGAGCAGAUGGAAUCAAAUGUAGCAAAGAGAAAUAGGGAACAUUUGAACUAUUAUUUGAACUGAAUUCUUUGAGAACUCUUACAUACUUAGUAUUCUCUUUAAAGGAAAAAAAAAAAAAAACUAUCUAAGAUUCUUGCCAGAAUGAUUAUCACUGUUUUUUAGAAGAUUCUUACACUUUCAUAGCUGUGGUUUAAGGCUACAUUUGAUUAGUUUAGAUUUCUAUAAAUAUUUAGAUGAUGUAUAACUAUAUGUUGACUACUUAAUUAAGGGCAGGUCCCAAUGAGUUUCCUUAAACAAGAGAGAUGCUACUAGCAAACAUAAGGUGAAUUGCCUGGAGAAGUAUACCUAUGGCAAAUGAGACAGCUCCAUGUUCCACAUAGUUCCGUAAUCCUAAUUAAGUAGUUCUUAGCUAUAUAAUAUAUGAAUAAAAUACUAAAAUUAUUCUAAAAUGGAUUUGAAACUCUAAUCAGUCAAUUAUUAACCUUCUUCCCACAGAGCAAUUUAGGAGCCUUCAAAUAUUUUCCCAUUUUUCCUCAAAAUUUAGCCAUCAAAAUACGUAUAGUGAUAUUAUGCUUUACUCUCAUUACAAACAAAAAAUACUUCUAAAAACUUUAAGGCUCAGACUUUUCUUAUUCUCAUCAAAUUUUUCAUCUCCUCUGCAAAGUGCCUUAGUUAUGAAUAACAUUAAAUUGCUAUAUCCACAUGAGCAAGAGAAAAGAAGAGAAGGAAAGAGAGAGAAAAGAAAUUAGGUGGAAUGAGGAAAAAUAAAAGGUACAAAUUCCUACUCAGUCUGAUGUUUUCAUUAUAUUGUGGAUACAAAUACAGAAGAUCCUAAUUCAAUUCCAGCAUAGCAAAAACUGAAAUGUUCUCAGAGCUCCUGCAGGAAUGAAUUGGACCCAAGAGCUUUGCCUUUUACUCCUAAAAUAUCACAGAAUUUUUUUUUUUUUUUUGGUAACCAGGACCACAUGUAGGAAAUAAGCUACUAAUGUAACUUCCUGCCAGCUUCUAAACUGAUGAUAAACUAAACCAAAAACUGACAAUGUGGCCAAGAAGAAAUGACAAUAACACCAUAUGGGUAAUUCACAUGUCAUGUGCAUACUAUUUAUAUAUCACACAAUGGGUCCUGUCUCUUAGCAUUCACAGCCACUGCCUUGAACUCCUAUCAUCAUAAAAAUAUAUUCAGUGCCUUAAAAGGGGGAAACAGUAAAUUCUAAAUUAUCCAUUGCUCAGUGUUAUUUUCAAAGGUCCAUUACAUAUUUUUGUUUAUAUUUAAAUUGCAGCAAUAGUGUUUUACUCCUAUGUAAUGCGUUUUCAUUUCUCUGCACUAAUUCCUUUUUAAGUGAAGCAUCCUUGGGCACGGCUACAUUCUCAUGCCCUGUGAUUCAUACUUAAACUCCAUUGCACAAGAAUUGUGCCAAACCUGGAAAUUGCACACACAAAGAGCAUAUGCACUGUUUUAAGAAUAUAAUCAUAUCCAAUAAUUUCUGAAAAUGCUAGUUUGAUAUUUUCAAAGUAAUAAUAAAGGCUGGGGAAAAAAGCAUUGGUGACUUCUUGGUUUUGCUUAAACUAAGUUCAGAAAGGUGCUACUUGAUCCAUGUAAUAAUGACCAAAUUAUGCUUAAGCUAAAAAACUAUUCCCCACCAUCAAGAACAUUGUAAUAUAGUAAUGGCCCCAAAGAGUAGCAUUUAUAUUGUAGCUUACAAAUUUUCAAUAUUUCUAAUCUUUGUCAUGUCCUGCUAAUAUGUCAGUAUUACUUAAUUUGUGGCUCAUACCCCGCUGAGUAUCACCAGAUUACAUGUCUGUAGGCACGCAACCCAUGGCUUAGUGAGGGUACUCUGUAGUUAACUCAAAGUAAAGAAAUGUUUUCUUCAUAAAGUUGUAUAGAACCAUGUAAAAUAACAAUAUAUAUACAUAUAUUAUAUAUAACACAAUAUAUAUUUUGCUUUUAUGGUCACUUAAAGUGGCCACUAUUGUAGUUGCUAAGUGCUUAUUUGCUAGGUAAACAAAGUGAAAUUAUCAAUAAAAUUAUUUUUAAUUGUUUAAA